AUGACCAAUGCAAAGAAACACCCUGAAGAGUCUCCCAACAAGAAAUCGAAAACAAAACACAUAGCAGACAAUUCUGCUUUAGAUUUCUUUCUUGAGCCACUUUGGCAAAGUUUGCAAUCUUUCAAUAGCAGAAAAUGCAUCGAGGCACCACCAUCGUCAGUAGCAAGAGAAUCCUAUAAUGCAUCAUCAUCAUCAUCAUCAAGAUAUGACAAUGCACCUAGUCUUUUCGAUUUGGUUCAAACAAACUUGCUGAGAACGACAUCUCCAGCUGCUGCUUCCACAUCUGCAUCAACCAGUGACAGCAGCACAAUACCCCAAAAGAGAUCACAACUUCAAAUAACACAAGAAAAAGCGGUUGCAGAGACAGAUACUUUAUAUCACACACCACCAGCCGACUUUGCGAGUAUCCAAAUCAGUCUUGAUACACAGGAGUCAAGGUCAAACCAGAUCACCACUACUAAAACUGAAUACAAUGCAAUUGUUUUGGACUCUGGCACAUCCAAUGUAUCCAAGCCUCGUACAAGCGAUACUCAAAAUUUAGCAACCUCUACUGUUGCAGAUGUCACUGGCCAUAGCCAAUCUUUGGACACCAGCAAUAACAACAACACACAUAUCAUCCAUGUCAGUAAUGAUGAUAACACUUCUAACAUGUCAAUUGGCCAAGAUAAUGAAGAGAUGGAGAAUACAAAUCAGAAUCCAGAUAGAAUCAAAGUGUCUGUAGUAGCAGACGAACUUGAUCACCAAGCAUCUAUUGCUAUUGCGUCAGCUACUCCUACCAUUACUCAACACCAGUCAUCAGGAGCCUCAUUGAACAAAACCACUAGUUACCACAGCCUGGAACUAUACGAAGAUAUUGAUAAUGACCAAGACGAAUUUGUCGAUACAAGCGAAAUCUUGAUUGAUGUAGAAGCUGAGGAAGACGAGUUAUCGCAAUCCAGCGACGAAUUUUACGAUGUAAAAGAAGUAUUCAGUGCGACUGUAUCCAGGACAACAACGCCUACUAUCGCCGAAGAAGAAGCGAAUAGACAAUUGCAAGAUGAUACCACUUUAGCCAUAAUGAAUGUUUUUGAGACCGCAGUGGAAGCUGUGCAGGCUACUGACGUGGAGGACAAUGGUGAUGAACAAUCUGGACCAGGAGCGAUUGAUGUCGCCGAGGAGGAUGAAAAUAUGGAUCAGGAGGAAGAGCUUGCCGACAACAAAGAUGAGCUUGACCAAGAGGAGGAGGAAGAGGCAGAUCAACUAACCGAGGAAGGUCAUGUUGCGCAAGUGGAGGACACUGAACAACUUGGUGAUAUUGCACAAGUAAUUGAUGAUGCACUAAUGCAAGCUAAUGAUGUUGAAGCACAUGAGAGCGAACAAGGGCUAGAUAAAACGAGAAAACUGGUGGAAAUUUUACAAGAAGGGGAAUCGCUUGAUGUGGCAUCAACUCAGGAAUCAGAUGCCAAUGAAUCAGGUCAGUCAGUAAUGGUAGACGGUGAUCCAUCCAAUGUGCUUGAAGAUGGAGACCUGGACACAAACAAUGAAUCUCUGCUAGAUAGAGUGGAUGAUGAUUCGAACGAGCAUGAUAGACAACCUAACGUCAUUGAAGCUGCAACAGUUGAUGUAGUCGAAUUACAAUCAGACAAACCGGGUAAUGAUGUGCAGCAGCAGCAGCAGCAGCAGCAGCCUAGUGGAAAUGAAGAAACAGAAUUUUCUGUGGAGCACAGCGACCCAGUUGCAGUCGUCGAUGAUCAAGCAGUGGCACCACCUUCUAUGCAAGACGAACAACUUAAUCAGAGUGAACCAUUGAAUCAAAAUGAUCAGCUGCCAUCAUUUGGCAUGGUUGGCAUGGAAGACGAGCAACUGAUUGAUAUUGAAGAAGUUCAUUUACUGAUGGAUCAUCAAGAUGAACAAAUGGCGUUAAAUGAACCUUUAGAAGAAGAGGCAACAUUCACUACUCUGCCAGAAGCUUCAAUACUGAAUCAGCAAGAUGAACCACCCUCAGCAGCAGUGAAUACCACACAUGCAGAUAGCCCUGAACAUGAUCAACAAGUUCAACUGGAUGACGAUACGAAUGAAAGCGAUCAACAAGUCAUCAAUGGUGACCCUACAAAUACCACCGGAUCUCAAUUACUCCAAUGUGAUCAAGUACACUCGUUUUUACUUGAAGAAAUUCAAGAGAUACUACAAGAAGAUUCUGAAGAAGCAGAAGAGCAGCAGCAGGGAUUCGCCGUUGAAAAUAAGCCCACACCACCCUUACCAGCGCAAAACCAGGACAACCACACCUCCACGACUGUUGCUGGCGACAGCGUUGAUGUGGUGAUGCUAGACGCUAUUGUGGAAUUAGAGCCAAAAGCCAUUCUUUCAGAGUCUCAAUCUCAAGUGGCAUCGGCGAUCGAUGAUUCAAUACAGGAUAUUGCUACCGUACGAGAUAGUUUUGCCCUGGAUCUGAUUCAGAGUCAAACCCCAUUCAGUCAACAGGCUGAGGAAUUGGAGGAAUAUGAGCUGGAGGAGUUUGAUGAACUAGUAGAAGAUACUCAGGAACCAGAUGUCGUAGUGAAGACUGAAUCGAAUCCUACUGCCACUGCUACUGCGCAGCGCACCUUUUUCGAUCUCACAAACGAUUCAGAAGAAGCGGAUAAAGGUGUGUGCGAUAUGGAAUUCAUUGAUAUGGGCCCUAUGGACGGUGAUGGCGAGGAUGAAAAUGACUUGACGGCGGAUGCUGUUUUAGAAGAAGAGAGUGAGAAGCAAGAUAUUCAAACACAAGAACCCGUAGCCGUUGCUUUGGACGAUGUGCCUUUGUCUUGUCUGAAGGCUGACAUGGAUGCCAUGGGUGGCAGAAUUGUAUGCAACAUGGAUUUACCUCCCUAUGCUAAUGUGUCCAUGUGGUGGUAUGAUGCGCAUGAUUCCAAUCAAAAGGGCAUUGUGUAUCUCUUUGGAAAAGUAUUUGAUGAUCAGCAAGACAAGUAUGUCAGUUGCUGUGUACGCAUCAAGAAUGUAGUCAGAGAAUUGUAUAUUCUCCCAAGACAGUUCCAGAUAGAUGAUGAAGGCAACCCGACUCAUAUCAGGGUCCACUUGAACGAUGUACAGCAGGAGCUGAAAGUCUUGCUAGAACACAAAAGAAUAUCAAACUACCGAAUGACCACCUGUGAAAAGCAAUAUGUCUUUAGUGGCACGGAUAUACCUAGAAAAGCAACAUACAUCAAAUUACAGUACAGUUAUAAAGAUUACGAAUUUCCUACAACACAGAGUGGCAAGACGUUCAGUCAUAUCUUUGGUGCAAAUACCAGCCCUUUGGAACACUUUCUAAUUCAACAUGAUAUUAUGGGCCCCUGUUGGUUGGACCUGGUUCAGUGCACCAAGUUAGACAAUGAUUUAUCAUGGUGUGCGUUGAACAUUGGCUUGGAGGACCCUCAAUGCUGCUCCGUGCUGCAAGAAGAGGGAGAAGCGCCUCCUCUUAAUGUCAUGUCGUUGAGUUUGCAGACACAAAUGAGUCGUUUAGGGGCUCAGUCAAAUCAAGUGGUGGCUGUUAGUCUCUUUUUAUGCAAAGAUGUGAAUGUGGAUACGUUGGAUUACACCACUGACUUGAAUGGCUACCGAAGCACAAUCAUUUGUCUUCCACCCAACAUGUCGUAUCCAGCUGAUGCUUAUGAAAGCAUAGAGAGCACAUCCCAGCAUAUUAUUUCGCUUGAGAAUACUGAAUUUGCUUUGCUGAGUAGACUACUAGCUGCCAUUCAUGUUUAUGACCCAGACAUCAUUUCAGGACACAACUUUUUCGGUGGAGACCUCGACACCUUGCUGACUCGAAUGAAGCAGCUGCGUGUCCCUCAUUGGCACAAGCUAGGAAGAUUCAAGUCCAAGAUGCUGUCCAAAACAUCAGGUAAUUCAGAAGGAUCCAUCAGCAGCACCUCCCGCCAACGUUUACAUAUGCGUGGUCGUAUUGUGUGUGAUACAUUUGAAGCAUCACAAGACUUGAUCAAGAGCAAAUCGUUCCAUCUCUCUGAACUCGCCAAGACACAAUUGGACAUUGUACGCACAGACAUCAAACCACAGCAGUUGGACUCUUAUUUCAAGACAGGACAUCAGCUGUUGGCGUUGGCCAAGCACUGCUCGUUGGAUGCUUAUAUCACGUUUGCACUCAUGACCAAGCUUCAAAUCCUCCCCCUGACAAAGCAAUUGACGCGUUUAUCUGGCAACUUGUGGUCUCACAGUAUUCAUGGUGCUCGCUCAGAGCGCAAUGAGUACUUGCUGUUGCAUACGUUUUACAAAAGGGGGUAUCUCUGUCCUGAUAAACCUGUGCGGCCCAAGAAGCAUUCGUUUGAAUUCGUCGAUGAAGCAUUAGAACUGGAACUGCCUGCUUCCAAACGACGACUAGGCGCAAAUGGCAAGGAGACGCCUUCGUUUGAAGGCGGGUUGGUGCUGGACCCUAAAACGGGCAUCUAUGACAAGUACGUGUUGUUGCUCGAUUUCAACAGUUUGUAUCCUUCCAUCAUGCAAGAAUUCAAUGUCUGCUUUACGACCAUGGAUGUCAAUGCAGAUGCGAUUGAUACCAAAGCGCCACGACAGACGACAACGAUGGGCAUCUUGCCAGAACUGGUGAAAAUGUUUGUGGACCGUCGCAAGCGCGUCAAACAACUGAUGAGCGAUCCCAGCAUCUCUGCCACAGCCAGAGCCCAAUACCAUAUUGAACAAAUGGGUCUCAAGCUUACUGCCAACAGUAUGUAUGGUUGUCUCGGCUCCAGUUAUUCCAGGUUCUUUGCAAGGCCCUUGGCUGCCUUUAUUACUGGCAAAGGUCGUGACAUUCUCCGUGAUACAGUCCAAAUUGCGGAACGAUCCAGCGGCGUGGAUGUGAUUUAUGGCGAUACCGAUUCCAUCAUGGUCAACACGCAUCAAACGGUGCUUUCAAGAGCCAACAAGAUUGGUCAACAGCUCAAAGAUCUAGUCAACACAAAGUACACAAUGCUUGAAAUUGACAUCGACGGCGUGUUUAGACGUACCUUGUUGUUGAAAAAGAAAAAGUAUGCCGCUCAGGUUGUUACUCAACUGGCCAACGGAUCAUACAAGGAGGCGCUGGAAAUCAAAGGCCUAGACAUUGUUCGUAGAGAUGGCUGUGAUCUUUCGCGUGAGACUUCAGAGCAUGUUUUGCAACUCAUUCUUUCAAGCCAACCACAAGAGACCAUUGUCAAUGACAUCCAUCAGUACAUAAAGAUGGUGGCAAACAGAGUGCGUGCUUCACAAGUGCCUGUGCAUGCGUACAUCAUCCGAAAGCAACUCACAAAAUCACCAGAAGAAUAUCGCACUACAAAAGGAAACCCCCAUGUCCUUGUGGCCAAGGAUAUGAGAAGAUCUGGUAUUGCUGUGAAAUCGGGUGACACCAUUCCGUACAUUUACUGCACCAAAACACUCAACAAUGGUGUAGUGGUGAGGGAACCUCGUAUGCCAGAUGAUGUAUAUAACGACAAAGCUGUGAUAGACAAAGACUGGUACUUGUUGAAGCAAGUGCUGCCUUCUGUGGCUAGAAUCUGUAUACCACUAGAAGGAACAAAUAGAACCAAAUUGACAGAGUAUUUACAAAUCAAUACGCCACAACCAUCAGCACCAGCACCAGCACCAGCACCAACACCACCAAACACAGACAAUGCCAUGCAAGUCGACUCAAUGCCUGUGAUUGAAGAAGAGAUUGGCGAGGAGGACGAGAACAAGGAAGAAGAAGAAGAAGAAGAAAAGGAAGAGGAAGAGGAAGAAAAAGAGAACAGUGCCAACUCAAUGCUAGUCAACGUCUUCAAGAUCAAGGGACAACAUCGUAGCAAGAGACUUGCAUUAAAAUGCUCAGCUUGUGAUCGCCGACUUCCACCCAACAGAUUAACAUGUGCAUGUGGUGCAUCCUUGAGCGUAGCUAGUCUCUAUUGCCAAACGUUGGUGGCUGUUCGACGCUUGAUUCAAAUGUACUAUGCUAGUCCUCAUGUGUGUAAUGAGUCAGCAUGUGGAUUUGAAACAAGGGACCAAUUCCCUGUAGAUGAUGUAUGCUGCUUACAAAUGAAUUGCCCGGGGAAAUUGAUCCGUCAGUAUUCAGCUGGCCAAUUGUACGAUCAAAUUGCCUCGUUUAAAGAUACCAUCAAACACCUCGGCGACCAAGGCCAAGAUGUCUCUUUGGUUCUAGCCAUGCUGCAUACCAUGAACAACAAGUCUGCUUACAACUAUAUUGAUUUGAAUAGUUUUGUGUAA